UUGACUUUCAUUUUCAACGAAGAAUUUGGCGGCAUUCUGCUUUUUAUUACAGUUAAAUUUGUGUAGUUUCAACAAAAUUGGAAAACCUGACGUGGAAAAUGUUUUCAUGCUAAAUAAUAUUUUUCUUUGUGAAUAGUUCACCGUUUCUUAUAAAAUGCCCCCACUAAGUCAACGGACGUCUUCGUCGGGCCAUCAUGGUUUCACCAAAGGGGCCAUCGUGAGAAUUCACUUGAAAGAUUUUAUGACAUAUAAUGAAGUGGAGUUUAUCCCAGGGCCAAAUCUCAAUUUGAUCCUUGGUCCGAAUGGAACAGGAAAGUCUACUAUCGUUUCUGCCAUAUGCCUUGGAAUGGCUGGGAAACCAAGUACCAUAGCUAGAGCUAGUAAUCUUGCAGGCUAUGUGCGUCACGGAGCCAAUAAAGCCACAAUUAGCAUAGAACUUCAUAAUCCUGAUGGCCCAAAUUUUUCUGUUGCAAGAGAAAUAACAUCAGAAAACAAGUCCACAUGGAAAUUCCAAGAUAAGGCUGUCAGUAGUGCUCAAAUUGAACAAAUUAUUCACAAACUUCAUAUUCAAGUUGAUAACCUUUGUCAGUUCUUACCCCAAGAGCAAGUUCAGAACUUUUCGCGUAUGAAAGACAAGCAACUUUUGAUUGGCACGAUGAAAGCAGUUGGAAAACCUGAAUUGGAAGAACAAUUUGAAGAGUUGACGAAGAUGCAAUCAGCUCUUGGAAGCGAGUCGUUAAAUCAAGGAAAAGACGAAUUAGAAUUAAAGAAACUUCAGGAGGAAAAUGAAAGAUGGGAAAGUGAUGUUAAAAGUUUCAAAGAAAGAGAGAAAUUAAAAAACAAUGUUAAGACCAUGGAGAAAAAAAAAGUGUGGCUUACAUACAAAGAAGAAGCGCGCCAUUUUAUAGAACUACAAGAACAGGCAAAGGAAAUAAGUGGGAGGUAUGAUAGAGCUGCUGCCCAUUUCCAGCCUCUGGAGAAACAAAUAGCAGAGAAAGAAAAAACAUUGCAAAACACAGAACAUGCUCUCAGACUACAGCGGGAAAAAUUCAACCAAAAAAUGGGAUCAUUGAAUCAAGAAUUUUUCCGUGUCGAUGCCUACAAGCAAAAAAUGGAAACUUAUGCUGCUGAACUGCAAACACAACGACUUGCUGAAAGAAAGCGUAUAGAAAAUGAAAAUAAUUUUCGUCAGCAAAUUUCCAACUUAGAGAAUGAAAUGGAAGAGUUAAACGAACAAGAACACUCUGUCGGUGAUCGUUUAAGAGAAGUGGAUUUUAAAUUGAAAGAAAUCAGCCCCCAAGAAACAGCAGUUGCACAAAGAAAGCAUCAAGUGACAGAAGAAAUGCGCCGGAUAAGAAACGAAAUAGUUGAGUAUCAAUCCAAAAUAAAAAACAUCGAAGAUGUAGACAGAAAUCGCUUAAAUAUGCUCCGAGGAGAAGGGCUCACGCCGAUUUAUCAUGCAGUCAUUUGGCUACGUGAAAAUAAAAACAAAUUCCGAGCUCCAAUCUACGAACCACCUUUAAUAUCGUUGAGCGUGAAAAACAGCGCGAUGGCCAUGUAUGUGGAAAACAGUAUUGGCUUUAACGAUCUGAAGGCGUUCUUCUGUGAAAAUAAAGACGACAUGAAUGACUUGAUGAAGAUCCUCCGAGAAGAAAAGAAUCUAGCAAUCAAUGUGGUUCACUCACCAAGAAAUGACAACGAACCUUCAACAUCUGAAUUUCAACCGAGAAUGGCUAUUUCUGAUUUAAAGAAGUUAGGGUUUUAUUCGUUUCUUCGUGAAUUAUUCGUUGGACCCGAGCCUGUCGUUCGUUAUCUUUGCAAAAUGUACAAAGUUCAUAACAUUCCAGUUGGUGAUCACACAACUUACGAAAAUUUUGGUGUUAUUCGAGACCAAUAUGGUUCGCUGUUUCCCACUUUCUUUGGAGAUAACAAAUUAAUUUCAAUCAGAACUUCGAGGUAUCGAAGAGAUGCUAUAACCCAAGUGUCAGAAGUUCGCCCAUCACGAUUUCUUGGCCAAUCCGUAGAUGUGCAUGCAUUGCAGCAACUCCGUGCAACAAUUGCAGAAUUGGAACAACGAAUGGCAGAAGCAAAAUCGGCUCAUGAUGCUAUUUGCGAAGAAGAGACUGUAAUCAACAGAACUCGUGAAAACUUAUUGCAACAAAAAAGAAGUUGCCAAGCAAUUGCGGCUAAUCGGCGUGUUGUAGUAUCGCGACUUGAACGAAUACGGAACCAGUUAAGAAUUUCUGAGAAGGAUGCAAUCGACCUUGAUGCUGAAGAACGAAAUGUUAAACAAAAGUGCGGGGUAUCUGUUCGCACCUUCUGUGGAAAAAUGAAAGACUUAUCUGCCAUCGUAGAGCAGCUUCUAGUACUGGACAGAGAAAGGGAAGCCCUUCACAUAUUCAUCGAUAUCCUUCGCCUAGAAAUUCGCCUUUGGCAAACCCAGUUAGCACAUAAAAAGGAGCAGAUUAAGGUGCUAAAGGAUGAGAAAGACGCAGCUGAUCGUUUGGCACGAGAGGCAAAACUAAAAGCAAAGCAAGCCCAAGAAGACUGUUUUCGAGUUCUAAGAAUCAGACACCGAGAAGAACUGCCGCAUGACUUGCGUGAAGAAUUUGACACACUCCCUGCUACCAUACCCGAACUCGAUGAUGCAAUCGGUAGUGCAAAUGCAAGAAUUCAGUUAAUGGGAAGAGCGGAUGAACAGAUUGUACGUGACUACGAAGAAAGAGAAAUCCUUAUCCAACAGUUAACCCAAAAAAUUUAUAACCUGAACAACCGAGCUUCAACGAUGAAAGAAAAGAUGGAAAAAUUGAAAGGAGAAUUCCUUCCUCCUUUGCUAGACUUGGUGUCUCGCAUCAACAAUAGUUUUGGUCGAUACUAUGCCAGUAUGAAAUGUGCAGGUGAGGUGUGCUUGUUUACCGGCGAAGGAAAUAACGGGGAUGAUUUUAAGAACUAUGGCAUCAAAAUUAGAGUUAAAUAUCGUAGUUCCGAGCCACUGCUUGAUCUUUCAGCUAAUCACCAUUCCGGCGGAGAAAGAGCGGUUGCCACUGCCCUCUACAUGUUAGCUAUGCAAGAGUUAACUCAAGUGCCGUUCCGUUGUGUUGAUGAAAUUAAUCAGGGUAUGGAUCCAAUCAAUGAGCGGCGUGUUUUUGAUUUGCUUGUCGAAACGGCUUGUAGGGAAACAAGCGCUCAAUAUUUCCUCCUUACGCCAAAAUUACUUCCCGGUCUUGAUUACAGCCCAAACAUGAAAAUUCAUUUUGUGCAAAAUGGUGAAUUUGUCUGCAACGAAUGGAAAAUAGACAAACAUCUGCAAGCUAUUCGAGCCAUGAACGGCUAGUGAUGUAGUUCAAUAAUUUUUUUAAACAUUUCGUAAACGUGUAUCCGAUUUACUUUGAGUACUUUUCGUCUGAUUCAGAAAUAUACGUGUUAUUCUGUUUA